UGUCAGUCAUUAUUCUAGAUCAUACUUGGCUAUGGAUUUGAAAGUCUGAACCUUCCGGCUAGAUUCUUUCUUAUUCCUCAUUCGUUUCCUUGUGCUCGUACGGAAUACAAGAUUCAAAUUCAACUUCAAAUUUACUAAACCAAUUUUUCGUAUUAAUAUUCAAGAAUGGGUGAUGAAGCAGCUGCCACUCCUGCCCCAGUGAAGACCACGACUUCGGGAGCUCAAGGCCUCAUUCAUGGCAACGCAUGGUUAACUGCAGCUGCUGUGGCUGCCUACUCGACUCGUGCCCUUUGGCUGAAGAUGCGCAAGUUGCUGGCGGCAAAGACUAAAUCAAAGGAUGAAGCUGAUGAUGAUGAAUUGGAGCUCGAGGAGCAGCCGAUGCCUCCAGGUCUGAUUCAGACCGUUGACGUCUGCCCCAUGUAGCGGGGAAAACGGAUUACACUAACACAACACAACAAUACACAUUUGCGUACCUACACAUUGUAUAUAAGGACACUGAUGACAUGGAAGACCAAAAAACACGUUGGAAUUCUUGCGAUUUUAGGGGGGUCGCAAGUUAUUAGAACGCUGUCUUAAAUUUUGCUGUUGCCUAAUUGUUUAAUUGAGAUGUCGUUUGUGCUGCGAUGACAAGUGAGGUGUAGAAACUGAACAAACAUAAUAAGCUGAUAAAUAAAUAUUAAGAGUGGCAUUCACUUUGUAUAUGGAAAAAAUGUUUAUUUCUUUCAUUCUUAUAAAAAAUAUUACUAUUGUGGCGGAUCUGCUUUAAUUUUCUGAACAAGUCUACUGAGUAAAAUUUGGAACUACGCCACAUUAACAAAAAU